AUUUCCCAUACAUGACAGACGGUUCCUUUCUGUUUAGAAUCCUCCGACAACUUCUGCCCUUCAUCUUGUGAGCCAGACCCGAGAAAGCCAGAGAGCCCGGUGCCGAGGUAUAUCUGCUCUGGGUAACUGUAUAGGCAGAGGGAAACGUCAUAAUUACUCACCCCAAGCUAAUUGUCAGUAAUUAAAGUUAAGGAGGCAGUCUGAAGGAAAGUAAUGGACUCAGACUGCAGGAGAAGGCAGGUGGUGGUGUCUGGUGUGGCUUCUGAGACUUGCAAACCUGGAUGCUGAGCUGGCCUCUGUUGUGUCAAGGACUCUACCCGCUGUUGACUCCCAGUUUGUUUCAGCCACUACUCCUUGGGUGAGAGGCCAGGCUCACCCGCACCCCUCUGGCUGCCCUGGGGAUCCAGGAGGUGGACUGGAACUUAGCGCCAGGCUGGUCUGACUUCACUACCUCAUCUUCCUGGGAGGAGGUGGAGAGUGGAGGCUCCUGGAGAAGAAUCCCAGGAGGAGAGAAGGCCUAAGUGAGCUUAUUGCCUGAGGAGGUGGGAAAGGAUUAUUGACUAUUGAGAUGGCUGAUGAGAUUGAUUGGCUGGAUCUGCCUGGCUGCUGGACCUACGGAGUUGACCGGGGUGGUAGGAUCUUCUUCAUCAACGAUGAGAAAGAAUCAACUAGCUGGGUGCAUCCAGGCACAGAAUCUCCUAUCCAGAGCGGACAAGUCUCCAACCCGGAUUUGCCCAAAGGCUGGGAGAUGGGCUUCACCCAGGAAGGAGCUGUGUACUUCAUCAACCACAAUGAAAGACGGAACACAUUUCUGCACCCAGUAACCGGCCAGAUCCCGGAAGAAAACAAAAGAUUUGACUUGAAAAAAUCUGCCUCGGACAUGUCCAGUAAAACUGGUGGAAAGCGCCCGACAACCACCCCCAGUGGCACAGCCAACAACAACAACAUGGUGUCUGAGGUCCCCCCAGAGCGGCCCAAUGUCAGGGCACCUCGUACUUCCCGAAAAGCUAUCGCCUUCGGCAAACGUUCCAACUCCAUGAAGCGAAACCCGAAUGCUGCUGUCACAAAGAGUGGCUGGCUCUUCAAACAGGCCAGUUCUGGGGUGAAACAAUGGAAUAAACGCUGGUUUGUCCUGGUGGAUCGAUGCCUCUUUUACUACAAAGACGAGAAGGAGGAGAGUAUCUUGGGAAGCAUCCCGCUCCUGAGCUUCCGGAUAGGGGCUGUGCAGCCCUCGGAUAACAUCAGCCGAAAAUAUACCUUUAAGGUGACGGUGUGCUGGGCAGGAGAGGCCAGGGCCGAUCCCACGAACUGCCUUUCCCCGCAGGCUGAGCAUGCUGGGGUCCGCACCUACUUCUUCAGUGCUGAGAGCCCUGAGGAGCAGGAGUCCUGGAUCCAGGCCAUGGGUGAGGCAGCCCGGGUACAGAUUCCCCCAGCUCAGAGGUCAGCCCCUCAAGCUGUUCGCCACAGCCUUGAGAAGCCCGACUCAGAGAAUAUUCCACCCAGCAAACACCACCCUCAUCACCAUCAGCCCCGAAACAACAUCCCCAAACCAGAGCCAGAGUCCAAGACACGAGGGGAAGGAGAUGGCCGAGGCUGUGAAAAGACAGAAAGGAAACUGGAGCAACCGGAAGUCAAGAAAGAACCAUUGGUGAAAGCCAAUGGUGUUCCGGCUGGACCAGAACCAGCAUUAGAGCCAGGCAGCCCCUACCCGGAAGCCCCACGUGUGCCUCCUGGUGGGGAGCGAGGGACCCAACCCAAUGGCUGGCAAUAUAGUUCACCCAGCAGGCCAGGGAGCACUGCUUUUCCGCCCCAGGACGGGGAGGGCAUUGGGCAUCGUCGGAACUUCCCACCUCGAACCAACCCAGACAAGAUUGCUCAGCGCAAGAGCUCUAUGAACCAGCUGCAGCAAUGGGUGAACCUACGUCGGGGAGCACUACCACCUGAGGAUCUUAGGAGCCCCUCCAGGUUCUACCCUGUGUCUCGUCGAGUCCCUGACUAUUACGGCUCUUACUCCCCCCAGUACCCAGAUGAUUACCAGUACUACCCCCCCGGGGUGCGCCCAGACAGUAUCUGCUCGAUGCCAGCCUAUGAUCGGAUCAGCCCACCCUGGACCUUGGAGGAGAAGCGCCACUCCUUUCGAAAUGGGGGCAGCACUGCCUACCAGCUCCGGGAGUGGAAGGAACCUCCUGGCUAUGGGCGUCAGGACGGCACUGUCUGGAUCCCCAGCCCUGCCCGGCAGCCCGUCUACUAUGAUGAACUGGACGCUGCCUCGGGUUCCCUUCGCCGCCUCUCUCUGCAGCCUCGUUCCCACUCCGUGCCCCGGUCACCUAGUCAGGGAUCUUACAGCCGGGCUCGUGUUUACUCCCCUGCUCGGUCACCGAGUGCCCGCUUUGAGAGACUGCCGCCACGAAGUGAGGACAUCUAUGCAGACCCUGCUGCCUAUGUGAUGAGGAGAUCUGUCAGCUCCCCCAAGUAUGAUUACCUGGGUGACCGGCGGCCUGUCCCUGCAGGGAUAUUCCCUUACAACUAUCCACCAUCUCCCACUGUCCACGACAAAAUGAUGAAUGAGAGUGAGACUCUCAUCAGUAUGGUGAACCGAAUGGUGGAAAAUUCUUCCCCCAGGGCCCAGCUAUUCAUGCAAGUUCCUUCUUACCCAGAGGUGUUCCGGGAUGGCGUCCAUACCUUCAAGUUCAAUGAGCAAGAUACCGAUAAACUUCUGGGUAAACUAUGUGAGCAGAACAAGGUGGUGAGAGAGCAGGACCGGCUUGUGCAGCAGCUCCGGGCAGAGAAGGAGAGCCUGGAGAGUGCUCUGAUGGGCACCCACCAGGAGAUGGAGAUGUUUGGGAGCCAGCCCACCUAUCCUGAGAAGCUGCUGCAUAAAAAGGAAUCCUUGCAGAACCAGCUGAUCAACAUUCGGGUCGAGUUGUCCCAGGCCACUACGGCUUUGACUAACAGCACGAUAGAGUAUGAAACUCUAGAGGGGGAGGUCUCUGCCCUGCAUGAUGACCUUUGGGAGCAGCUCAACUUGGACAUCCAGAAUGAGGUCCUUAAUCGGCAAAUUCAAAAGGAGAUCUGGAGGAUCCAGGAUGUGAUGGAGGGCCUUCGGAAGAACAACCCGUCCCGGGGCACAGAUACCGCCAAGCACCGAGGAGGGCUUGGCCCUUCAGCCACCUUCAGCUCCAAUAGCCCUGCAAGCCCCCUCAGCUCAGCCAGCCUCACCAGCCCCCUGAGCCCAUUCUCGAUGGUGUCUGGCUCCCAGGGGUCUCCCACUAAGCCCGGGCCUCAUGAGCCAAAGGGAAGCUAUGAGCAGGGCAAGAAGGACCCUCACCAGACGUCUCCCCUGGAUCCCCCCAGAGACAUCAACCUCAUGCCCACCAGACAAGAACUGGAGGCUGAUAAGCAGGCAGCUCUUAAUAAAGUUGGCAUUGUGCCUCCUCGGACGAAGUCACCCACUGAUGAGGAGGUAGCACCAUCAGCGGUGGUGAGGAGGAGUGCCAGUGGGCUUCCCAAUGGACCGCUCUCCCGGCAGGAGCGUCCCAAGAGUGCAAUGUUUCCCAACGAGGUGAAGGCCAAGAUGAGUGUGGAGGAGCAGAUCGACCGCAUGAGGCGGCAUCAGAGCAGCUCCAUGAAGGAGAAGCGUCGGAGCCUACAACUCCCAGCUGGCCCAUCCCCUGACCCCACUGCCCGACCCUCCUACAAAGUGGUGCGCCGUCACCGCAGCAUCCAUGAGGUGGACAUCUCCAAUUUGGAGGCGGCACUUCGGGCAGAGGAGCCCGGUGGGCAGGCCUAUGAGACUCCCCAGGAAGAGAUUGCCCGACUUCGAAAAAUGGAACUGGAACCCCAGCACUAUGACGUGGACAUCACCAAGGAGCUCUCCACACCCAACAAAGUCUUCAUCCCUGAGCGGUACAUUGAGCUGGAGCCAGAAACACCCCUGAGCCCAGAAGAGAUGAAGGAGAAGCAGAAAAAGGUGGAAAGGAUCAAAACUCUCAUUGCCAAAUCCAGUAUGCAGAACGUGGUGCCCAUGGGCGAGGGCGACUUGGUGGACGUGCCACAGGACCCCGAGAGCCAGCUUCAGGAGCAGGAGAAGAGGAUUGAAAUCUCCUGCACCCUGGCGACUGAGGCCUCCCGAAGGGGCCGCAUGCUGUCUGCUCAGUGUGCCACCCCAAGCCCUCCCACCUCCCCUGCUUCCCCGACUCCACCAGUCAACCCCCUCUCGUCUGAUCCCCCGCGGGGCACCGACAACAGCCAUUCUAUGCGGGUCUGAGCUGUGACUGCAAGCCCUGGCUGAAGCCAAUGCUGUGAAGUUCCACAGAGCCACCUUCUGAAGCCCUCUUCUGCCACACCUAGGGUCUAGGCUCCCUAUCUCAACUCCACCAUGCUCCCCACAGGGCUGCUGUGGGGAGCCAGGCCUGGGGUGGCUUUGGCUGCUGAGAGGAGCGCGGAUACCUCAAGACACACACACCCCCAUGGCCUCUUGGAUCAUGGCCUCAUUCUGAAGGGAUGGUCCGGUUGCUGUGCUCCACAAGGGUCACUGGACUGGCGCUAGGGAGUGGCAUGAGGUGCAGCCCGCCCCCUGAUGCUGAACGGAUAGGAGCACCCACAACUGUUGACUGUGGAUACACCGGGACCUGCUGUGGAGGGGAGAACAUGGGCCAGGAGGUGAAAGAGAUGGACACAUCUCCUCCCCUAGCCCCAGAGAAGUCCUACUUAGCCUAUAACCCGGACACCCAGGGAAGAAUCCUCAGCUGCCCUCUACCAUUCUCCCCAAUUUGCUCUCUCAAUUUAAACCCUUAGCUUUAACGAAUCUUGGCUUGUGGACGCCCUCUGGGGACAGAAGAGGGACUGGUCAUCUUGACUGUGCCAAAGACAAGUGUAAUGGGUCAAGAGAAGGAUGCAAGGAUGUGAAUGUCAGUCACAGCACUCAGUGGUGGUGGUACAGGUGGUGGGGUGCAGUGGUUAGGGAACCAGCUGGUCUGUGUAGUGUCUGAGAACAAGUCAAGGAGGGUGAAGGGGUGGGGAGGUAAAGUGGUUGGGGAAGCUUCCCCAACAACAUUCAUUUGCAAGAGAAGGGGGAAAAGGGGGGAGAGGAGAAAGAUGGGGCUGAAAAAAUAGCUCAGAAUUUGUUUUCGCAGAGUGAAGCCCCCACUCACUAAUGAAAGCAAUACCGGGUUGGCAUUUUUUAUAAUCUCAUCACUCCCAAGAGAUGUCUUCUGGGCACCCCCUCCCCCCAAGCUAGCCUGAGGAAGACGCACUAGAGCAGGUGCUUCUGCACACUCAUGUUUCUGAUUCCAAUUGGGAGAUCUUUGAUGAGAACCUGGGAAGUUGCUCUGGAUAGAUGAAUGUCCUGGGGUCUGCAUGCACCCCCUAGGGGUGCCAGCUGGUAAAGGUGAAAUGGGGGAAAACCUCACUUAGCCCAGUUUGGUGACGGUUCCCUGAUCCCCAUCCCCCAUCCCUUAGUUUCCAGCAGACAGAAUAAAGAACACAAAGGCCCAAUCCAUCACCUGUUCCACACCCCAUUCUUCAGAGGAUUCCCAAUCAGGGCCAGGUCUCAGAGACGCUGGAACUCUAAUAUGAGGACCUUUCUGGCACCUCCAAUGCAGAGGGGGAGAAUGUGUAGAGAUGAGCAUUGAGUCAUCUUCCUCUUUCCUCCUCAAUAACAUAAGAUAGAUGCAGCUAGAGAAGGAGAAGAGUAAGAUGGUCUCUGGACGCCAUUUUCUUUUUGCCACAAUUACUAGCAUAAGGGUCACUCUGAUAUAGUUGACCAUUCCCACCCAUCCCAAUAUCCUGAUAGUUCAAACCUAAGGAGAUCUGCAAACAGCGACUGUUUCCCAUCCUCUCGCCCUCGCCCCAAUCCAUUCCCCUUCUCGCUGGCUAGGAUAGUUGCUACACCUAUAUAAAUGUAAUUUCCCAAAUAACAAGUCCCUGCCCUCCUAAAGGACACCCCCCUAUGCACACACACCUCAUUGCUCAAAGAAGAUGACAACUCAUACCAAUUUUCACCCUGUAUUUUGAUCUCACCCAUGCCUAUGGUUCUAAACCUCAUUAAAGCAUCCCUAGUCUGUCCUUCCUGUUUUGGGGGAAAGGGUGGGUGUGGAGAAAAAAGCAUACCCAGUGACCUUUUUCUUUAGCACCUUGCUCCUCUUGCCCCAUGUAACUCCCUGUGAAGAAGCCUGUCUCCUCCUACUUUGAACUGAUUUCCAGGGACUGUUAACCCUUCCUGGAGUUUAUCUGUCUCUCCUCUCCCCCACCCCCAAGAGUAAUUUUCAAAAGAAAUACAUGUACAAUACCAGGAAAUAACAUCUGCACCUCUCUCACCUCUUUCUCACCUAUUAUUUCAUAAAGCUGGCUCUUUAUGUUACUCUACAUGCCUUAAUAUAUGUUUUAUGGAAAUUAUACAUAUUAUAUAUAAUAUAUAUUUGUUUGGAUGUCAUAUCUGUUUCUGGAGCCCCUAACCUUAACUAUUUUUCUCUUUCCCUUACCCUCUAUACUAUUUCAGGUCAUCCCCACAAAGUGGACCUCUCUACCCCCAUCUUCUAGUCCCCUUUUUAUCCAAAAGUGAAAAAAGGACUUUUAAGAUAGAUCUAUUUUCUGCUCUUGUUAAUGGCAAAUCUAUUUUCAAACUGUAGAAUGUCCAAGUUGAUGUGGUUGACAGUUCAUGGGGCGAUUGGGAGUAGAAGGCUCAGUACCACCACCACCCUCUCCACAAAAAUAAAAUAAAAGCUCUCCCUGCUCAUGGAUUUCUGACUAUUUCCCAAUCCAGAAAAGGCAAGAAUCCCAUUCAAAAAGAUGUUAAAGAAAUCUUCAUUUGACAUGGGAUUUUCUCUUGAAAGUCUUCAGAAAAUUUGAUAUUUUAGUCAAUUUCCUACUGAGUGCAGAUAAAUUUCUUUGUAAGUCUCAGCCAAUUCUCCUCACCCAAGUUAGAAAUGCAGACUCAGGUCAGCCUAAGCUAAAUAGAACCAGGAAAGCAAAUCUGCUGCUGGGCCAUGCUGUAAUGUCUUCCAAAGCCAAACAAAAAUGAUUUUGGGAUUACUGAUGCUAACUGCUCCCCUCUUACCAUGGAGCAUUGAGAGCUAUUUGGAUCUUCUUACCACUUCUGUUUGAUCCAGUUCUCCCCUCCCUCAUGUAUCUGUAAGGCAUCUCCUGCUGUGUUCCCCCCCUCCCUUGGGGGACGGCCCCUUAGACUACCUUUGGGAUUAGUCUCAGCCUGGCAUCCAGGCUGCCAAACAAGGUCAUGUGCCAAGGAAGAUUCCAAAGGAUGAUGUAGCCCAUUCAACCUUGCCAAGAGGACCUAGACCCAAUCCAUCCACUGAAACGUAUUCUUGGUACUGAAAUAAAGCAAAGCAACAAUCCUAGCUGCUCUCUUGCUGUGAGAUGAGAUAAGCAGGCAAGGAGCAAUUUUGUGGGGAGGAUACAGACAAUCAGGAGGUCUCUGUAGUCUUGCUUUGAGGCCCUGUACCCACAGGAUGGAAUGGCACAUGAUUCUCAGCAGGAGUUUAGAGGUUGACUUUGCACCUCAAGAGACGCCUUGGUGCUUGCUUCUCCACUUAACUGUCCCAGCAUGAACUUUAUCUGCCAGCAAGUGAGAUGGGGGACUUAGUGCCCAGGUUGCCCCCUCCCACUCCCAUCUCAAAUAGCUAUGGUCUGGACUCUUGAAGAAGUGACAAUGGUGUUAUCCAUGCAGGGGAAAUCCCUAAUUAAUAGCCUAGGGUUGCCCUGGUCAAUAAUUCCCUCCAUCCAUGACUUGUGUUUGGGAUUGUCCUGUUGCAAAGGCCACUUUAACUAUAUUCCAGCUAUGUGGACUCUUUCUCCUUGCCCAGGGCUUAGGCAGAGUCCUGCUUUUAUUGGGGGAAGGGGGUGGGGGAGGGAGGAAGGAAUGACUGUUGGUUGAGAUGGGAUUGAUUUCCUUGUCUUUCUGUAACACCUUCCACCUGGUCACUCUUGUAACCAAGAAAACUCCACAGGAGUGAACUAUAUCUACUUAUGCACAUUCUGGGGACAAUUUAAUCUUGCUAGAUUUAGACAAUAAACCUAAUGAGGAAACCUGU